UCUCUCCCCAACGCACCAGAGACCCCCCUAAUUCACAUCGAUGGUGGAUGCUUGCGGAACUGCCCUCGUGAAGCCUCCACAAUGGUGGUGGUGCCGAUGGCGGCGGCGGUCGGCAUCGCCUUCGCGGUGCUGCAGUGGGUGCUCGUCUCCAAGGUCAAGGUCACCACCGAGCCGCGCGUCGAGGGAGGCGAGGCCUCCGCCUCCGGCGGCAAGUACGGCGCCAGCGAGUACCUCAUUGAGGAGGAGGAGGGCCUCAACGACCACAACGUCGUCCUCAAGUGCGCCGAGAUCCAGACCGCCAUCUCCGAAGGUGAGACAUGCACCCCCACACAUGGUUAUUUCUCGGAGGUCGUAGCUACUGGUCCGCGCUCCGCUCGCCGGCGGGCGUGGAUCGAUCCUAUGAAUCUGAAAUACUUGCUGCAUCUAUACGUACGCAGAGGCGUGGCGAGAGGCGACACGAACAAGCAUGAGGAGCUGGAGCUGCUGAUAAAGGACUACCCGUAUGCGGUGGACAGGAUGAAGAUCUGGACCGAGAUCAAGAAAUGGGUCACCGACUACUGCGCGAUAUAA